GGUAUCUAGACCGUUCAAAUUUCAUAGGAAAAAAUCUAGACUAGGCAUAACAAAAAUAUGAGAAAUGCCUUCGAUAGAUGCACCUCAAACUCCUAUUGAAGAUGGAAAAGUGCCCACAGAAGAAGUACCAGCAACAAAAUCAGCUGUUGGUAUAAUUUAUCCACCCCCUGAAGUGCGGAACAUUGUUGACAAGACUGCUAGUUUUGUUGCCCGCAAUGGACCUGAGUUUGAAAACAGGAUUCGUCAAAAUGAGGUGAACAAUCCCAAGUUUAACUUUUUGCAACCAACAGAUGCUUAUCAUGGAUACUAUCAACAUAAAGUUGCAGAGUUUAGAGAGGGCAGAGGUCAAGAGCCACAAGCUCCUAAGGCCCACAGCCAGUAUUUGGGUGUGUUGCGACCACAGGAGGCGCCAAAAAUUGUUGAGACAUUUGUUCCAAAAGACCCCCCACCAGAGUAUGAGUUUAUGUGUGAUCCUCCAUCCAUAUCUGCUUAUGACUUAGAUGUUGUAAAACUCACAGCUCAAUUUGUGGCUCGUAACGGACGCCAGUUCUUGACCACUGUGAUGCAGAAAGAGCAGAGGAAUUAUUUAUUUGAUUUUUUGAGGCCCCAGCACAGUCUUUUUACUUACUUCACAAAGUUGGUUGAACAGUACACCAAGAUUUUAAUCCCCCCUAAAAACUUAAAAGAAAAGCUAAACAAAGAAGUCAACCACCCAAAAGAAAUAUUAGAUCAAGUUAAAUACAGAGUUGAAUGGGCUAAACACCAAGACAGAGAGAAAAAGAAAGAUGAAGAAGCACUGGAGAAAGAAAGAGUUGCCUAUGCUCAAAUUGACUGGCAUGAUUUUGUUGUGGUUGAAACAGUAGACUUCCAGCCAACAGAAAUAGGAAACCUACCCCCACCCACUACACCUGAGGAAGUUGGAGCUCGCAUACUGCAAAUGGAGCGGUUUGUACGUGGAGAGAUUCCUAUGGAUGAUGCUGUUGAGAUGGAGGUAGAAUCAGAGGGUGAAGAGGACGAUGAAGACUCAGAUGAAGAUGAAGAGGAAAAAGUAACACGCAGCAGGCCUCCGGCUGAGAAUGUAGCUCAGGAUAUGGAAGAAUCUGAAGAAGAAUCAGAGGAAGAGGAUGAAGAGCCACGCAGAGGAAGACUUGCUCCACCACCACCACCUCCUCCACCGCCACCAAAGGAGGCACCACCCCCACCACUUCCUCCAACCCCGGAGCAGGUGAUCAUAAAGAGAGACUACAACCCCAAAGCCAAACCAGCUCCACCCCCAGAGAUGACCUCCGACCAGUUCAUGAUAUCUCCAAUCACUGGAGAGAAAAUUCCAGCUCACAAAGUACAGGAACAUAUGCGCAUUGGUUUGUUGGAUCCCAAAUGGAUGGAAGACAGGCAGCGUUCACUGGCAGAUAAAUCUGACCAAGAGGAAGUCUUUGCUCCAGGGUCUGCCAUUGACUCUAACUUGAAACAGUUGGCUGAAAGACGUACAGAUAUCUUUGGUAUUGGUACAGAAGAAACCCAGAUUGGUAAAAAGAUUGGUGAGGAGGAGAGGAAAGAGACUAAAGUUGUGUGGGAUGGUCACACAGCCUCCAUGGAAAAAGUUUCUCAGCUGGCCAGAGAAAACAUCUCCAUUGAAGAGCAGAUAGCAACAAUACACAGAGCCAAAGGCUUAGUGCCUGAUGAAGAGAAGGAAAAAAUUGGACCAUCUGUACCAAAGGUUGCUCCUCCUCUGCCACCCCCACCUCCUUCCUCUUCCUCAUCAGCACCACCACCCCCUCCACCUCAAGCUGUAACUAGCUCACUCAUACCACCACCCCCACCAUCACAACCUCAGCAAAUCAGACCUACCCCAGCUAUGCCCCCUCAGAUGUCACGCCCCAUCAUGGCUGGUCCUCCAAUGGGAAUGCCGCAGAUGAUGGUCAUCCCUCCCAGACCUCCAAUGAUGAUGGGUAUGGCACGACCACCAAUGAUGGCUCCAAUGGGAAUGGGAAUGCAGCCAGCGCCACCAAUGAUGGCUCCACAAAUUCCCAUUCGUCCACCUGGUAUUGGAGUGGUGCCAUCUGAAGAGCCGCCCAGCAAGAAACAGAAAACAGAGGAAAAUCUUAUCCCAGAAGAUGUGUUUUUACAGACUCACAAGGGCAAUGUGAAGAUCCAAGUUAUUGUUCCCACUGUUCAAGACAAGCCUGAAUGGAAUCUUAAAGGCCAGAAACUCGAGUUCAACUUGCCUCUUACAGAUUCUGUGUCUGUGCUGAAGGCAAAACUAAAUGAAGCACUCGGCAUCCCUGCUGGAAAACAGAAAUUACAGUUUGAGGGCAUGUUCAUUAAAGAUUCUAACAGUUUGGCAUUUUAUAACUUUUUAAAUGGAGCUGCUGUUCAGCUUCAACUGAAGGAGAGAGGUGGUCGUAAAAAGUAAUGGGUUUGUGCUGAGUUAACCUUAGGAAGAAACAGAAUAAUUCUAGCUGAAGAAAAGCCUCUUGGACAUCCAAUAGCUGUUUUUAUUUCAUUAUUUUCUUUUAAGAAAUAAAAUGUUUAUGUUAACAA